CUACGAUGUACUCGUACGGCCAAACACCCAAAUGCCCUCGUUGCUCCAAGUCCGUCUAUGCCGCCGAGCAGGUUAUUGGCCCGGGCAGAAGCUUCUACCACAAGGGAUGCCUGAAGUGCACCAGCUGCGACAAGCGGCUUGACUCGUAUACUCUUCUCGAGCACGAUCAGCUUCCCUACUGCAAGCAAUGCCAUAUCCGCGAGUUCGGCACGCGCGACCUACGUCAGGCCAACCUCCCGCAGGCGCAAUCCCCCUCAUCGCCCUCGCGACCCCUCUCUCCCGCCAAGCCGCAUUCUCCUACCGCGCAAACCGCCUCUCUCGAUCCCGGCCUUGACUCGCACUCAUCCACCCCACCCAUCCCCGAUGACAGUGAGCUCCCCGCCCCUGCACCACGCGCGCCUCUUCUGCACCGCGCCACGCUCUCCGCCGACAUCGACUCCCCUACGCACCCCUCCUUCUCUGCCUCCCUCGCCGACGACCCCGCUCUCGCCGCCGACCCCAUCCUCCAACCGCUCACGCACAUGCAGACAGGCUCGCGCUACGGCGCCGCCCUCGGCGGGCGCAUGCCGCUCAAUCUCAACGCCACGCGCUCACAUUCCCCUGUGCGCACGCACACCACGGGUAGCGCCGCGCGCCCCAUGUCGCCCACCAAGGCGUUCGGCAUCCCCCGCUCGCCCUUGUCGCCGACGCGCGAGGGCGGCUUUGGGGCGCAGAUGACGGGUAAUGCGGUCAAGGCGAACCCCACCGGGCGCGGCCGGUGGACGCCGUCGUCGAACCCGCAAUGCCCGCGCUGCAAGAAGGACGUGUACUUUGCGGAGCAGGUUCGCGCGGCGAGUAGGACGUACCAUAAGGGCUGCCUACGGUGCUUCUCGUGCUCUACGUCGCUCGACUCGUCGAAGAUUCGGGAUCACGAUGGCGAGGUGGUGUGCGUGAGGUGCUACAGCAAGCUGCAUGGUCCUGCGGGCAGAGGCUACGCACUUCUCGGCAAGGCUGGCGGUUGA